CUUCGUUUUCCAGUGUAGUGCGUUGAUUUCAUACCAAAGUCAUACUUAACAUUCCACUUAUACUGUCAAACCUCUGACAAAUAUUACGGAAAACAACAAGGCGCCAAAUUAUAACAAAGUUACUAAAAAGCGCAAGUGGCUUCACUGGGAAGAAUAGGGAGAGUGCGUAAUAAAAAAAAAAAAGUUCCAAGCUGAAUCCAACACUUCCAGACGCGAGGAUUUCAGCAGUUAUUCCAAGGAGAGGCAGACACCAUUUGGAGGAAUAACUUGGGACUGGUUUGGACCUCUGCAUCCAAAAGAUUUCCCUGCUGAUCCUUUGAUCUUGGGGCUCAGGGUCGGGCCCAGGGGGAGCCGCCACCAUUGCGUCCAACGAGUGGAGUGCGAACGGUAGCCCAGAAGAUGGGCUGGACGGGGAAAAUGAGGACAAAACCAUGGAUGGAGACGCAGAGGGCGUUUGGAGCCCAGAUAUCGAGCAGAGUUUUCAGGAGGCCCUUGCAAUCUACCCUCCCUGUGGCAGAAGGAAAAUUAUCCUGUCAGAUGAGGGGAAAAUGUAUGGUCGCAAUGAGUUGAUAGCAAGGUACAUCAAGCUGAGGACAGGCAAAACCCGCACAAGAAAGCAGGUGUCUAGUCACAUACAGGUGUUAGCACGGAAGAAAGUUCGUGAAUACCAGGCGGGUAUAAAGGUUUCUAGCCACUUGCAGGUUCUCGCCCGGAGAAAAUCUCGCGAGAUCCAGUCAAAGCUAAAGGCGAUGAAUUUGGAUCAAGCUUCCAAAGACAAAGCCCUUCAGAACAUGGCUGCCCUGUCAUCUGCACAGAUUGUUUCACCAAGUAUGAUAAAGAAUCACCUUCCUCCUCUGUCUCCUGCCCCAUACCAACCACCUCGAUUCUGGACAGCUCAAAUCCCAGUACAGCCAGGACCAUCUCAGGAGAUGAUUCUAGAUGUCAACCCGGGAAGGACUCCUGGGCCCAUCUGCACCAGCCAUGUCAUUAAACCUUUUGUACAGCCCCCAUACUCAACCCUACCAGGACCUGUACAACAGCCCAUACCAUCCUAUGAGCCCUUGGCGCCCCCUCCUGCACCAUCAGCGACUGCAGUUCCAGUGUGGCAAGAUCGGACAAUCGCUUCAUCUAAACUGCGAAUGCUGGAGUACUCAGCCUUCAUGGAGGUGCCGAGAGACAUGGACAACUACAGCAAGCACCUGUUCGUCCACAUUGGACAGACAAAUCCCUCCUACAGUGACCCACUGCUUGAGGCUGUGGAAAUCCGACAGAUCUACGACAAGUUCCCCGAAAAAAAAGGCGGACUCAAAGAACUUUACGAGAAAGGACCUCAGAAUGCUUUCUUCCUCGUCAAGUUCUGGGUGGGUUUCUAUGUUUCUUAGUCUACUGCUUAAAACACUCCCUUUCAAAGUAAUAGGCA